ACCGCGUCUCUACCUGCUUGGCUACUCGUACUGUACUCGAUCCCCCUUGACUAGACAGCAGCAUAAUCACGUCCUUCAUGGCUGACGGAGCAUCCAACAACGAACGUCUCCUCGCUGCAGCACGCACGGACAAUGAGGAACUGCUCCUUGAGGUCUUCGAAGAGGGCAAGUUCGACAUCAACUACCAGGAUGGCCUAGGCAACACAGCCUUACACUACGCGGCGUCACAUGGUUCCCUGGCUGUGCUCGAGCACAUUCUCUCACACGACGAGUGCGACGUCGACCCCGUUAACCGUCUCGAGAAGGCGACCCCCCUGCACCUCGCGAUGCGCAUGGAGGAUGAGGAGCUCCGGACGAGCGUCGUGGAGAGCUUAUUGGACGCUGGUGCGGACACAACGAUCAAGGACAAGCACGGGGAGACUGCGUUCGACCUGUUGCGCGACGAUGAUACGGAGAUCCGUCAGUUGAUGCGGAAAGCGAGGGCGCAGAAUAGCAUCUCGAAUGCUGACAUCGCGAAUGAUGAUGACGACGAUGAGGCUGGCUCCGGAUCUGGCUCUGGCUCGGAGGAUGAGGACUAAGCACUUGAGUAUCAAUGUCGUCAACACGUCGCGCGUGGAAUGCGAAGGCCGAAGCUAACAACGAACUAAUACUGGGUCGAGCGCAGUAGAUUUCUAAUGUACCAAUUGUAUUCGGGAAAUGCGAGGAUCAUCUAACAGCAUU